AUGGCGGGUACGAAAUUUGCCUAUGUACGCAACUUUGAGCUACCUGACUCUGUUAUCCCUUCAACCUACCUGGUGGUACGAAUCGACGGAAAAGGAUUCCACAAAUUCUCGGCUGCUCACACCUUUGCCAAACCGAACGAUGCACUUGCUCUGGAACUGAUGAACGAAGCCGCUCGCUACGUCAUGUAUUCUCUUAAAGGUCACAUCGCAUUGGCCUUCGGAGAAAGCGACGAAUACAGUUUUCUCCUACGCAGAUCCACCACACUGUACAAUCGAAGGAAUAGCAAGAUCACCACUCACAUAGUAUCCCUCUUCACCUCGGCAUACGUUUUCAGCUGGUCCAAGUUCUUCCCCAGAAAUCCGUUGUUACAUCCACCCAGUUUCGAUGGUAGGAUGGUAGUGUAUCCAAAUGAAAAGGUGGUGAGGGACUACUUUUCAUGGAGACAAGCAGAUACGCACAUCAACAAUCUUUAUAAUACUGUCUUUUGGGCACUUGUGCUGCAAGCUGGACUGACGGAACAAGAAGCGACCAAGCGGCUGGAAGGGACAGUGUCGGCGGACAAGCAUGAGAUUUUGCAUUCACAGUUUGGGAUCAAUUAUGACAGGCUGGAAGCUAUGUUUCGGAAAGGGACGACGCUCGUCUGGACUUGCGCUGAUUCAUCGCAAGAAAUUCCAAGCCACUCGACCGCUGCGACAGGAUCACAAAUGGAAGCUGAGAAAGCUGUUACAAGUGACACAGUGGAAGAAACUCAAGUAUUGACAAAUUUGAAGGACGAAAAGUUGCGAAUCAAGAACGAAAGCCGACGCGUAGCAGCAAAGCAAGCCAAGAAGCAAGAGAAGAAGGAUAAGAAGAGCAUGCUGUCGGUACUGCGCACGCUACAUUGCGAUAUCAUUAGUAACGACUUUUGGAAUCCUCCACCACCAUCGCCAGCUGCGACUACAACCAGCACUGCAGCAUCAUCGUCAUCGCAGCAAUCGAGAUCUAUCGUGGUUGACAGCAGUGGAGCAGACAACACUCGAGCUGCUGCCCCGUAUGGAAACGGCACCACUACUUUGCAACCCUGGUCUGAUCCAGCAAGACUUCAAGGUGCUGGAUUAGGCAUCUCGGUAUUUCUAGAAUAA